UUUUUUCUUUUAUGCAUGGUGGUUCACUGGCUAAAGACCGAGGUGACUGCGGCAGAGAGGCAGCCAGAGAGGCGGCGACUGCGGCAGAGAGGCGGCAGCUAUCGUCAAGAGUCGGCGGCAGAGAGUCGGCGGCAGAGAGUCGGCGGCAGAGAGUCGGCGGCAGAGAGUCGGCGGCAGAGAGUCGGCGGCAGAGAGUCGGCGGCAGAGAGUCGGCGGCAGAGAGUCGGCGGCAGAGAGUCGGCGGCAGAGAGUCGGCGGCAGAGAGUCGGCGGCAGAGAGUCGGCGGCAGAGAGUCGGCGGCAGAGAGUCGGCGGCAGAGGCAGAGAGGCGUUUGGCUAUCGUCCAGAGAGUCGGCGGCAGAGAGUCGGCGGCAGAGGCAGAUCGGCGGCAGAGAGUCGGCGGCAGAGGCAGAGAGUCGGCAUGCCGCGACCGAAGAAGAGGGCGACGAUAGCCAAACGUCUUUAUGCUCAGAGAUGUGCAAAUACAGAGGUUACGCUGAAUCCUCUUAAAAAAAAUGAUGCAUUGUUGUCACCAAAAGCUGGCAGCAUUGAAAACCCUUGCAAACUCGCAUCAGUAAAUGCAUCAGUAAACCUUGCAAACUUGCAUCUGUCACCUAAGCAAACCCUUGAAAACCCUUGCAAACCCUUGAAAACCCUUGAAAACCCUUGCAAACCUUUGAAAACCCUUGAAAACCCUUGCAAACCCUUGAAAACCCUUGAAAACCCUUGCAAACCCUUGAAAACCCUUGAAAACCCUUGCAAACCCUUGAAAACCCUUGAAAACCCUUGCAAACCCUUGAAAACCCUUGAAAACUCAGAAAAAAAAGAAAAAGUGCUUACAAAUAUACAUGAAAUUUCUGUGAAUACUUUACCUGCAUAUUGUGAUUUUUCACAGCAAUCAGUGCAGAAAGGUUCUCUUGGUCAAGCAGUUGGCAGCAGUUUUCCACGGUCUUCCGGUAAAGCCCUUUACAGUGAAGUUGUAAAACGCCCUUCCAAGGUAUGUGAAUCAGUCAAGACUGAGGUAAGGACAUGUGAUUUUCAAGUAGACUCAGGCAAGCUCGGUCGACCCCAGAUGAGGUACCCAAUGAAAAGCAAAUCAAAACCCAUGCAAUCUGAACAAAACAUUCCUGCAAUUUGCCAUGAAAGUGCUUUGGGUGUUUGUUCUGAUUUUCCCCAGAAAUCCAUGCUAAGAGGAUCUUUUGAUCAAGCUGAUGCCCGCUUUGGAGAUUCACGCAACAGGCAGUGUGGAGCAAUCAGUCUGACAGCGGUGUUGAAAAGCAAGCUGAAGAAUGUGCUGACGUGGUCAACACCAGAUCUGGACGGUGUCUUGGUUGCAGGAACACGUCUUUACGAGUCUCUAAGAAAACAUGGUAACAUAAAAGAUAGAGAAGUCAAGGGUAGGAAUUACAUUGCAGUCCAUGAAUUACCGAGGAGACACAUGUUGGGUAAUACUACAUUUUCCAUCGAGUACGCUCCGUCUCUGACUGGUUUUGUUAAUGUCAAUGAGUACCACGAGUAUGACCAAGCCAUAAGCGCUGUAGCCAUGCCACUUGAUGUAGCCCUUCAGCAAACUCUACUGAGUGCUGAUGCUUUCUUGUUAACCAUUUGUGCCAACACAUCUGCAGUUAUUAAGCAGGGGUCAUGGUAUGCAGUCGUUGACUCUCAUGCCAUCAGGACAGACACAAGUUGUGUAGUCUAUCACCGUACCAUAGAGUCUCUGUACGACUAUAUCAAUGACAUGGCACAGUUGUUUGGGGUACCUGAGCCACCAUUUGAGAUAACUGGAGUUUUGGUUCAUGCAGAUGCAGAAGUGUCUGAUCCGCUGCAAGAAGCAGGCAGCAGCAGUUUCCCAUGCUCUUCCGGUAAAGCCCUCUACAGUGAUGUCUUAAAACGCAUACCAAAGGUACGUGAAUCUGUGAAGACUGAGCCAAAGACCCCUGAUUAUCCAGUACCUGUGGAUGAAGUUGCAGAUGUGAGAAACCCUAACCUUCCAACACAGACAGCCUCUAAUGUGUUGCCAAGUAAAGGUAAAAGAUUGAGGAAAGAAAAGCACAUUGAGCUGUCAGGUAAACGGGUUACAAAAUCCCACGCUGAAACUGUUAUAACCGAUGAUUUGAUGAUCACUGAUGUUUCAGUUCCAGAUGUCUUUUUUUCUCCCUUAACACAUAAUGAGAAGCAAGUUUUAUGUGAGCUCAUACAAAUGUCCAAUGAUAACAGUGACCAUAAUGUCAUAAACUUUGGUCCCAUUUCAGCUCCGUGUCAGACAAAGGCCAUUAAACCAGAUGGCAACUGUUUUUUCAGAUCGUUGGCACAUGCGAUAUGUGGAAGCGAAGAGAAACACUUGAAGGUUCGCCGUGCAGUUGUGAAACAUCUGAAGAUGAAUACUCCACUGUUUGAGAGGUAUGUGAGAAGUGAGUAUUCUUCAGCAGAGGAUUAUCUGACACGAUCUAGAAUGUUUUAUUCUGGCUCAUGGGUAACAGAAAUUGACAUAUUUGUUGCGGCCGAUCUUUUCAAAACCACCAUAAUGACUUUUAAUGACAGCCGAUGGAAUGCGCACAAACCUACUGGAGAGGUAUCCACUCAGAAUGCAAUUUAUCUGAAACACUGUAACCGUAAUCAUUAUGAAGUUGUGACAUGUGUUAAGCACCGAGAUCGAGAUGCUGUUUGUGCAGGAGCAUGUGGAAAUGCGGUGUCAAAUGAGGUCAGCAAACCAUGUCUGCGUAAGAGAAAGGUAAGCGAUGUCGCAGAAUGUUGUCCCUCCAAAAGGCAUCGGGAGAGAUAUCGCAACGACAGUGAGUACAGAAAAAAACAACUGAAGUACAAGAAGUCAAAAUAUGGUAACGACCCUGAUUACAGACAAAACAUAAUUGAGCAUGCCAAAACAAAAUAUUGUGAUGACACCGUUUACAGGGGCGAAAAAAUGGAGUAUGAUAAAGAAAAAUAUAUGAGGGAUAGAUAUUACAGAGAGAAAAAAAGAGAAAUUCUUCGUGAUAAAUAUCUAAAAAAUGUUGAUGUUCGUUUAUCAAAGUGUCAACGUUCUAAGGCCAAGUAUUUGACCAAUAUUCAGUUCCAAAAACGUGUUUGCCAGUAUUCUAGAUUGAAAUAUAAAUAUAAUGUCUCUUUUCAGGCAAGUGUAUGUGAGUACUCAAAGAAAAAAUAUCUGCAAGACCUGGCCUUCAAAGCAAGAGCGCGUGAGUAUUCAAAGAAAAAAUAUCUGCAAGACCUGGCCUUCAAAGCAAGAGCGCGUGAGUAUUCAAAGAAAAAAUAUCUGCAAGACCUGGCCUUCAAAGCAAGAGCGUGUGAGUAUUCAAAGAAAAAAUAUCUGCAAGACCUGGCCUUCAAAGCAAGAGUGCGUGAGUAUUCAAAGAAAAAAUAUCUGCAAGACCUGGCCUUCAAAGCAAGAGUGCGUGAGUAUUCAAAGAAAAAAUAUCUGCAAAACCUAGCCUUCAAAGCAAGAGUGCGUGAGUAUUCUGUGAUGAAAUACCAUAAAGAAAUGAACUUCCGUGUGCUUACAAUACAAAAAGGUUGUGAAAAAUAUGCAAGAAAGAAGGAACAACAAGACAUUGAUGUUGCUAUUGGUCAUUUUAGACAAGAAAUUAGUAGUGGUCCAGAGUUUGUGUGCUCUGUCUGUCACCGUUUACUUUUCAGAAAGCAGGUUGUUGAAUGUAGAAGACAAUGCUAUGAAGACAAAGGUGUAAAAAUCGCUGCUUUGGGAAGAAGAUGCAUCACAACCAGGUAUGUUCAUGUCUGUGAUCAAAAGUGUGAAGGAUCUUCUGCUCGUUCCUCAGGAUGCAAAUUAUGGAUUUGUCUAACGUGUCAUCGAAAAAUCCUUUGUGGACAACUGCCCGAAGAGAGCGUUGCAAACAACAUGCAUUUAGUGGAUGUUCCAAAUCAACUGAAGUGCCUCAACUCUUUGGAACAACAUCUCAUUGCACGUAACAUUCCUUUUAUGAAAUUACUGUGCCUUCCUCGUGGUAAACAACAUGGAUGCCAUGGCCCUGUAGUGUGCGUCCCAGUUAAUGCCACAGAUGUGUCCAAUAUCCUUCCACGAAAUGAAUGUGACGACAAGAUGAUAAGGAUCAAACUGAAACGCAAGUUGACCUACAAAGGGCAUUAUGAGUACAAGUAUGUACACACUGAUCGUGUUAGAAAUGCUCUGAAAUAUUUAAUCCGGUUCAAUAAGUGGUUCAGUGAUGUGGAGAUUAAUCGGCAGUGGAUCAACUCUUUGAAUGAACCCGAAGAAAAUGUUGUAGAUGAAAUGGAGCAACAAGACGUAGUUGAAAAGAUUGAUGACGAAAAUGACCUUGAUGAACAGCAAGAGGAAGACCUUACCUACAUCAAAGAGCAAAGUGGUCUUUUGUCAGAUACGUCAUUGCAACCUGUGGACAUCGGUUCAGAAGUAAUUGAUCAGCAUUUCCAGGAUGUAUUAAAUCUGGCACCUGCUGAAGGUAACAGUCCUGUUAGUUUGUUAUCUGAUAGGUCUAACGAAGCAAAAUGUUUCCCUGUUCUGUAUCCAACCGGUGGUCCGACAUUUCAUGAUAAGAGGGAGGUAAAAAUAACAUUGUCGAGAUACUUGAAUGCAAGAAUCCUCAAUGCAGAUGGACGUUUUGCACGAAGCACAGACUUCAUUUUCUAUGCGCAGUAUCUGUCGGAGAUUGAUCAAGUUGUAUCCAAUGUUUCAAUCGCUUUGCGCAAAGGAUCUGAGAAGAGUUUGUUGACUGAAGUGACAUCAGAUGUGCUAACAAAACCAGACUCGUUAUCUAAAAUCUUGAAUUUUGAUGAAGGAUACAAGUUUUUGAGACCAAUCCGUGGAACACCUCCAUAUUGGCAGUCUACUCAAAAGGACCUUUUUGCACUUGUAAGACAGCUAGGUAUUCCAACUUUCUUUGCAUCCUUUAGUUCUGCGGAUCUCAGAUGGCCAGAAAUGAUUAGUACCAUAAUCAAACAAGAAGGGAAAAAUCUGAAAGCAGAUGAACUUGACUGGUCUGAAAAAUGUGGAUUGAUUAGACGAAACCCAGUGACUGCUGCAAGAAUGUUUGAUCAUAGAUGGCAUUGUUUUCUGAGAGAUGUAAUCAUGUCUUCAGCUCAACCGAUCGGUAAGAUAGUAGAUUACUUUUAUCGGGUAGAGUUUCAACAGCGUGGAUCUCCUCAUGUUCACUGUCUGUUUUGGGUUGAAAAUGCCCCAACGUUAAAAGAAGACAAUGAAGAAAACGAUGGUUUGGUUGCUAGUUUCAUUGAUCGUUACAUCACUUGUGAGACCCCAAGCGAGGAUGAAACUGAACUGUUUGAGACUGUCAACGGUGUUCAGAAGCACAGUGUCAGACAUUCAAAGACGUGUCGUAAGAAAAAGACAGUUUGCAGAUUUAAUUUUCCACGACCCCCAUCAAGCCGUACCUUUAUUACAAGAGGUGGUAGUCGAGACGAUUUGAAAAGCUGUGAUGGAAAAGAUACUGCACGUACAGUUUUAGAAAGAGUGAAAAAGGCUUUAACAGCUUCUGAUAUGGAUUAUGACUCUACUGAUGCAUUUUUUGAGUCCAUUGGUAUUAACCAAGCUCUCUUUGAGAAGGUGUAUGCGCAGUGUUCCAAAAAGAAAUCCGUUGUCCUUAAAAGAAGUCCGAAAGACGUCUGGGUGAACCAGUAUAAUAAACAUUUACUGCGUGCCUGGCAAGGCAACAUGGAUAUCCAGUACGUCACUGAUGCUUACUCCGUAGUGGUUUACAUUAUCAGUUACAUCACAAAAGCAGAACAAGAAAUGGGAUUGUUGCUGCAACGUGCGCAAAAUGAAGCCAUGAAUGGAAACCUUGAAGUGAGAUCAUCACUGAAGAUGCUUGGUAGUGUAUAUCUUCACAACAGAGAAGUUUCUGCUCAAGAGGCUGUGUAUCGUCUGACCGGUAUGCACUUGAAGGAAUGUUCUCGUAAAGUCCAGUUUAUUCCAAUUGGAUUGAAUCCUGUAAAGAUGAGUUUGCCUCUUCGUGUCAUCAAAAACAAAGUUGAUCAGUCUGGUGAAGAAGCUAGCUUUUGGAUGACUAGUCUGGUUGACCGAUACAAGAAUAGGCCAAACACGGAAGAGUUUGAGACCCAAUGUCUUGCAAGUUUUUGCUCUGAAAACAGGAUCUUGUCAAAAUCGGAGGUUUCUUCACAAAAAAAGUCUUCUGAAGACAAGGUGAUCAAGCUUAACAACGACUGUGGUUAUAUGAUGAAGAGAACUCGAACUGACCCUGCUGUUGUUCGAUAUCCGAGAUUUUCUCCCAAAAAAGAUCCAGAAAAGUACUUUCAUUCAUUGUUGCAACUUUUCUUGCCACAUUAUGAAGAUUGUCAGCUCAAGCCUGAGAGUUUUAGCACUUAUGAGGAAUUCUACAACAGUGGUGCUGUGAAAUGUGGGAGAAAUGUGACUCCAGUCAAAUGUAUUGUUGAUGCUAAUCGAGCACUCUUUGAAAAGGAAAGUGACAAAAUUGAUCGAGCUCAACAGCUUUUGGAGCAAGGUGUUGAUUUGGAAGAUGCUUGGGCUGCGUUAUGUCCUGAAACUGAAAAGGAACGUCACGAGUGCUUAGAACUAAGGAAGAGUAAUACAAUUCCUGAUGAAGAUGAUUCUGAGUGUUCUAUUCCAGAUCUUGUAGCGAACCCUCGAACUCCAUACGGUAUUGAAACCAAUCAGGCUGGAAUGUCUAGAGAAGAGGCAUUAUGUUUACUGCGAUCAUUAAAUGCACAACAAUGUGCAAUCUUUUACAAAGUGCGGAAAUGGUGUUUAGAGAAACUUCUUGGUGAAAACCCUGAACCAUUUCACUUGUUUGUCACUGGUGGAGCAGGCACAGGCAAGAGUCAUUUAAUCAAAGCGAUCUACUAUGAAUCUUCCAGACUUUUAUCUCAGCUGUCCGAAAACCCUGAUGAUAGAAGUGUGAUUUUAACUGCGUCAACCGGAGUGGCCAGUUUUCAAAUUGGUGCUUCUACAAUCCAUAAUACCUUUUCCAUAGGUGCUAAUGUCAAACUGCCAUAUCAGCCCCUAAGUGAUGACAAAAUCAAUUCACUGCGUGCAAAACUUGGAGGUUUGCAGAUUCUGAUCAUUGAUGAGGUGUCUAUGGUUGACCAUCACCUUUUGUCUUAUGUUCAUGGUAGAUUGAGACAAAUUAAGCAAACUGGUGACUACUCAAUUUUUGGAAGAGUCAGUUUGGUCUGUGUUGGUGAUUUUUAUCAGCUACCGCCAGUCAAGGGAAUUCCCCUGUACGUUGAUCCAAAAGGAGUGAAUCUUUGGGACACCAACUUUGAAAUUGCUGAACUAACACAAGUUGUCAGGCAACAAGAUGCAUCUUUUGCUGAAAUGUUAAAUCGUCUGAGAGUUCAUAAAAAGAACGAAACUCUAAGCCCAAAUGACAUCGACAUGUUGAAGCAACGUGAAACUGGUGAAGAAUGCGAUGCUAUUCAUAUAUUCCCUACAAAUGCUCAGGUUGAUGAGUACAAUAUACAGAAACUUAAUGAGCAUUGUCCUGAGGCAAUCACUAUUCACGCUAGAGACUUUGCUAGAAAUCCAGAAACUGGAAGAAUAGAAAGGAAAGUUGGAUUUCAUGCAAAAGUUUUCAACUCGUGUUUGGACAAAUGUGUUUCCUUGGGUGUUGGUGCCAGAGUAAUGCUUAGGAAAAAUGUUGAUGUUUCUGAUGGACUUGUCAAUGGAGCCUGUGGCACAGUUGUCCACAUAAGCAGAAAACAAAGACGUGAUGAUGAUGAAGAUGAUGACUUCCCAUCAGCUAUCCAUGUUGAAUUUGAUGAUCCAAAUGUUGGUAAAGUUCAGAGAUCGAAGCUGCGACAGAAAUUUUCUCCAAAUUCGACUGUUAUUGAAGUGGAAGAAGAUCAAGUCUCAAACGAUGGUGGUUUAAGACGUCAGUUUCCACUUAAAUUGGCAUGGGCAUGCACCGUUCAUAAAGUGCAAGGACUCACAGUAGAUCAAGCGGUCGUCUCACUUGACAAGGUAUUUUCUCCGGGACAAGCAUAUGUUGCACUGAGUCGUGUGAGAACCCUCGAUGGACUAAUAAUUAAUAACUUCAAAGACUCUGUCAUAUAUUGUAAUGAGAAAAUUGACUCCGCUAUGAAAAACAUGCCCCGACUUGCUUUAGAAAAUUACAGUUUUGUAAAGACACCUGGCGUGUUUACAAUUGCUCUUCAUAAUGUACAAAGUCUUCGAGCUCAUGUUCAAGAUCUUCAAGUUCACAGACAGAUAAUGAAUGCAGAUUGCAUCUGUUUAACUGAAACGUGGCUAAAAGUUGAAGACCAAGUACAGAUUCCAGGAUUUGUUUUUAAGAGCAAUCCAAGAGCUAAAUGUUAUGACAACAGUACUCCACUUUUCACUGAUUUAAAACAACAAAGAGGAGGUGGAGUUGGACUAUUCUGUUGUGAAAACAUUCAUUUUAAUGUCAGGGUUCCAGAACCUUGUAACUUGGAAUGUCUAUACUUUGCAGUUCCACAUCUAAGUUUGAAUGCUGCUUUGCUGUACAGACCUAAUUCAUAUCCACUUAAUCUGUUUCGACAAAAUAUGUUGCAUGUUAUUGAUGAGCUGGAGAAACAGUCAGGAAAGAAAGUGAUUAUGGGAGACUUCAAUGAGGACAUCUUGACAUCAUCUACAAUUGGUACACUAAUGGAACUACAUGGAUACAGUCAACAUGUGCAACACCCUACCACUGAAAAAGCUUCCAACUGGCAUACAACUGCAGGGCAAGUGUACAACUGGAGACGCGCUAUCCUGAGAUUCCAACAUGGUCAGAGUCCAGUUAAUCCAGCCUGUAAUUCAAACAAGUGAUCAUCAUUUUCAAACCAACAUCUCCCAUAAUUGCUCUUCUUUCUUGAGCUAGUAAGCUUCACCCAGCCAAGUCAUUCUAAGCCAUCCAAAUCAUAAUGGAUGCUUCCAAACAUUAUAGGAAGCAUCCACAAAGACUGCCUGCAUCCAUCCAUUUGUCUCCUAAUAUCACAAUUAAGUCAAUAGAACAACACAAAAUUGAUUUCUGCAAUACGCUACAUAUUUGAAACUUCCUCCUUAUCCUAUAUUUGAUUUUUCUACGCCAUGAACUGUUUUUAUGAAGAGGCACACAACCAAUCAAAAGGUUUGUGCAUCAAAACCCAAUAUCUCCUGUCCACUACUCCCAAAAGAUUUCUGCAAUUUACUACACAUCAAACUUCCUUCUCCAAUAUGACUCUCAGCCCCAUGAACUGUUUUUAUGAAGAGGCACACAACCAAUAAAAAGGUUUGUACAUGAAAACCCAAUUUCUACGAUCCACUACUCCAAAAAGAUUUCUACAAUAUUCAAACUUCUCCAUUAUAUGAUUCUCUGCUCCAUGAACUGUAUUUUAUGAAACUGCACAAAACCGAUAAAAAGUUUUGUGCAGAACAAGUCAAUAACUACUGUCCACUACUCCCAAAAGAUUUUUGCAAUGCAUUACAUAUGUGAAACUUCCGCUUAUCCAUUAUGAUUCUCUGCUCCAAGAAACUGUUUUUAUGAAGAGGCACACAACCAAUCAAAGGGUUUGUGUAUGAAAACCCAAUAUCUACUGUCCACUGUUCCCAAAAGAUUUCUACAAUAUGCUACACUUAAAACUUCUCCAUUAUAUGAUUCUCUGCUCCAUGAACUGUAUUUUAUGAAGCUGCACAAAACCGAUAAAAAGUUUUGUGCAGAACAAGUCCGUAACUACUGCCCACUACUCCCAAAAGAUUUCUGCAAUGCGCUACAUAUGUGAAACUUCCUCUUUAUUCAUUCUGAUUCUCCACUCCAUGAACUGUUUUUAUGAAGAGGCACACAACCAAUAAAAAGGUUUGUGCAACACGUUACACUUCAAACGUCCGUCUUAUCCAUUAUGAUUCUCUGCUUCCUGAACUAUUUUUAUGAAGAGGCACACAACCAAUAAAAAGGUUUGUGCAUGAAAACCCAAUAUCCAUUGUCCACUGUUCCCAAAAGAUUUCUGCAAUACGCUACAUAUGUGAAACUUCCUCCUUAUCCAUUCUGAUUCUCCGCUCCAAGAAACUGUUUUUAUGAAGAGGCACACAACCAAUAAAAAGGUUUGUGUAUGAAAACCCAAUUUCUACGAUCCACUACUCCAAAAAGAUUUUUUACAAUAUGCUACACUUAAAACUUCUCCAUUAUAUGAUUCUCUGCUCCAUGAACUGUAUUUUAUGAAGCUGCACAAAACCGAUAAAAAGUUUUGUGCAGAACAAGUCCGUAACUACUGCCCACUACUCCCAAAAGAUUUCUGCAAUGCGCUACAUAUGUGAAACUUCCUCCUUAUUCAUUCUGAUUCUCCACUCCAUGAACUGUUUUUAUGAAGAGGCACACAACCAAUAAAAAGGUUUGUGCAACACGUUACACUUCAAACGUCCGUCUUAUCCAUUAUGAUUCUCUGCUUCCUGAACUAUUUUUAUGAAGAGGCACACAACCAAUAAAAAGGUUUGUGCAUGAAAACCCAAUAUCCAUUGUCCACUGUUCCCAAAAGAUUUCUGCAAUACGCUACAUAUGUGAAACUUCCUCCUUAUCCAUUCUGAUUCUCCGCUCCAAGAAACUGUUUUUAUGAAGAGGCACACAACCAAUAAAAAGGUUUGUGCAUGAAAACCCAAUUUCUACGAUCCACUACUCCAAAAAGAUUUCUACAAUAUUCAAACUUCUCCAUUAUAUGAUUCUCUGCUCCAUGAACUGUAUUUUAUGAAACUGCACAAAACCGAUAAAAAGUUUUGUGCAGAACAAGUCAAUAACUACUGUCCACUACUCCCAAAAGAUUUCUGCAAUGCACUACAUAUGUGAAACUUCCUCCUUAUCCAUUCUGAUUUUCCGCUCCAAGAAACUGUUUUUAUGAAGAGGCACACAACCAAUGAAAAGGUUUGUGCAACACGUUACACUUCAAACUUCUUCCUUCUCCAUUAUGAUUCUCUGCUCCAAAAAACUGUUUUUAUGAAGAGGCACACAACCAAUAAAAAGGUUUGUGCAUGAAAACCCAAUAUCUACAAUCCACUACUCCAAAAAGUGAAUACAAAAUCAUUGUUCAAGUAUCUUCAGAAAAUGUCCCGGCAAAACUCUAAACUGAUGCAGGCAGUCAAUAGUCAAAGAUAUCACAAAUGCAUAACCACAAAAGUAACAAUUCAAUAUGAAAGUUGGAUGGAUGGCUUGUAUUAUAUUUGGCCUAUGUACAGCAAACUUAAAUGCCAGCCAAAGGAGGAUGGCUUGCCCCUGCUGAGUCUGGUUCCUCCCAAGGUUUCUCCCUAUGCCUCUCUGCUGAUGAUCCUCUUCACUAAUUUAGGGAGUUUUUCCUUGCCACUGUUGCCUUCUGGCUUGCUCACUGGGGUUUUAAGGCACAAUAUUUUCAAUGUAAAGUGUUUGUAAAGAACAAUAAAUACAUGAUGUAUUAGAA